AAGCCUCAGAACGAUCCCCCGCUGUCGCUUGUAUGAUGUGGAUGUACGACUGUGACAGCAGGCUGGUUCACAGGCGUCAGUCAGCUCCUGCAGGAUGGCCCUCCGGAUGGCUUGGUGCCAGGGCCCAGAGGAGUCGAUACAGCCUGAGUAGAAGUAGCCCGUGUUUGGGCACUUCAACAAAGAAAGUUACGUUGCUCUGCAGCGUGGGCACAUGUGUCUAGUACUGCUCCCUCCGUGCACAGGCACAGGGACAGGACAGCGACGAGGUCCCUCAAACUGUGAUGCUCGCUUGUUAGUGGUCUUGAACAUGUGAUACUUACCGAAUGCCAGAGUGGCGUGGGUCUUUUACGCACGGCCGAUCCCUUGAUGGACGGGAGCGCUUCGAAGCUACCAAACAAUUCGCACGGGCUGUCAGGCAACGCUUCUUGAUCCGGACCAUGUGGUGAUCCUCCAGUUUUGUACGAGCGAGCACCACAGCGCCGAUAUGGUUCAGGACAUGGGUGCUGGCUCGUCUGAGAUCUUGGUAGGCUACCUUGAGCCUCCGAGCCAGUUUAGACCCACAUUGUACUCUGCUCCACGAGCAGAGUACAUGAACGCGCUGUACCACCCGUCACCUCUGGCUUCAGGUGCUCCAUUAUUCACUCUGGACAAGAUGUACUCAGCCAUGUCGCGACCAUACACAACCACCCACGCACACUCGUCGAUGGGCUAUGAGCCAUAUCAGACUUCGGAAUAUGAUCGAGCCAUACAGCAGGCUGCUGAAAGAGAACGAGCGGCCGAGGCGGCUCGUUCGCGAUCGAGCAGCACAACAACAACCACCACCACCACCUCUCACAUCCCGAUCCCGGCAAAGUCCUCGACUCAACUACCGCGACUUCCUGGCUUGAAUGAUCUGUUCGCCUCCAAGCUCUUGAUCAACCCCGACUCUGGUAGUAGAGAAAGCCGGAGGAGUCCCGACUAUGACGACCAUCGUCGCGACUCUGUCGCUCGAGGCAGCUACUUCGAUACGUUGCGACCGAGUGAUCUCUCCGCCAGGCCUAGGACCGUCAUCACUCCUCCGCUUGUGCAUGCUUCAUCCCCAUACGGCUCACAACCCAAGACGAGUCCACUCACGAUACAGAGCUUGUGCUCAGCACCAGAGCACAACUUCAUCUCCCCCACGUCUUCUCUCCCCACAAGCCCUGCGACUUCGCAAUCAUCGAACUCAUCCUUGAUGCAGCCAGCAUCCCACUCUCAGCCGACCUCGCCCCAUGAAUUGCCUCCAGCAUUCUUCGGCACGUCGGACCUGGCUCCAGCUACUUAUGUGUAUCAAGCCGCUUCCGCAUAUGAAGGCGUGUCGUACAUUCACGGUCGAGGCCCAUGCCACAUGUACAAAGGUGGCUAUUCGAUCCCGACGCAUAUCUUCCAAGAUCCUGUCAAUUUGACGUCCAGCAAGAUUCUUCGCAAGCGCCUCUCGGUGGCAUGUUCAACGUGCAGGAAGAAGAAGAUCAAGUGUGAGCCUGGUCCAGAAGGCUGCCUACAAUGCAAGAAAGCACAGAAGCCUUGCAGAAUCGAGCCAGCCAAGCGACGACAAAAAUCAGCUGCAAGUGCAGGUUUCCAAGCAGAGAAAAGUAGCCCGGCAUAGGUCCCACCGUCUUUUACGUAGGCUUCUAUUGUGACGAAAUUGCCUCACUGGCCAGCCAGCUAAGCACUUUCGUGCGCCGACACCUUUGCCAGGACGAUGGCGUCAAUCCCCUCGCCGGACUCCGCUGGACUCCGGGGGCUCUUCAUCCCGCGGGAUAUGUCCGUACACAGCGCUUCGAUAAUGCAGAACACUUCUUGUGUUUGAAAGCUCUAUGCCUUCAUUGCCACGUCUCGGAGCUGGCCGUGGCGGCAGCAUAAAUGCAUGCCGGCGCUACCGGGACAUUUGUAGCCCACUGGGCGUGUCGUGGCAGUUCGACAAGUUUCUUGACGCGGCUAGCAGUGCAGUAGAUGGAUGCAGCUGCCGGCACUGUUGUGUGGGAUGGAGCGCGGCCUCGAUCGUAUCGAAACAGCAAUUGCUCGUGCCGGUGGCCUGGUUGGUACGACUCCGGCGUCUUGGCCAGGAGGCACAUGAUCCAUAUCCCUCCCUCGUUGGGGUCGCUGAGGGGCAUGCGUGGAGGUGGCAGUCCCCUGUGGCAUGGGAGCGCGAUCUGGGCGGCGGAGUGGGCGUCGACGACAACGUGAAUACCAGGUACACGUACCUUGCUGUAAGGGAUUUGAAGGCAACUCGAUGGCGACGAAGAGGUGGUGAGGAGGACUUCGGAGAAUUCAGUCUGGGAAAUGAGAGAGCAGUGACUGCAAAGGGGCAGGCGCGAUCAGGCGCCUACCGAGGCCCGCUCCGAACCAGACUAUUGGCAAGCCACGCACAUCAUCGUCUCGAAUAGACACACCUCAUGCACGUGUUGAUAAUGUAUUGACAUGUACCUGAUGCAUCAACAUACCUUGCAAUGCUUCCAACCACCAGGAAGUCUCCCUCUACCACCGUUGCUACGAAGCUCGCUGAUGAGACCAGUCUGGUAUGCAACGUGUUGGAUUAUUGAUGCUACCUAUUAUUGAUUCAAUACUGCGCCUCGGUCGGUCUAUCAUCCAUCGUCUGCUCAUAUAGGUGUCCUCAUAUUACUUUCCGCCUCAGCUGCAGCGCGCGCCUUCAAUAAACCCAGAAUUUCCCGUACUGCCUGCGUCGCCGCCACCACCACCAUCCCCCA